CCCAAACCUGAGAGGAUGACUUCAGAUGGAGCAUCUCCAUUGCCUGGACCAGAUAUGACCAUGAAACCUGGCACUGCCCUGUCUCCUUUCACUGCACUUCCCAUCCCCCCAUCUGCUCCUGGCCCCCCAGACCAGUCACCCUGGGAGCUGCCUCCACAGCCCCCCAUGCCUUCAGCUUUCCCUCCAGGCAACCCUCUGGUGCUCUCUCCUUUCCCCAAUCCAUUGUUGGUGACAGGGGAUGGGGUCCCCGGCCACAGUGGGGCUGAAGCUGGCAAGGUCAUUGUCAAAGUCAAGACAGAAGGGGGGGCAGCUGAGCCCUCUCACGCUCAGAACUUUAUCCUUACUCGGACUGCCCACAAUUGGAUUGCCUCAGGUGCUCCCUGUGGGGUCUCCGAAGGCCCUCCACCUCAAUUUGUGAUAGCCUCUAACAUGAAGACCCUUCUGCCCACUGAGGCUGUUGGGGUGAGCCAGGAGGGCCUCCCAGGCCUUCCUGCUCAGGUUGCAGCACCAGCCGCCCAACUGGCUCCCAUUGUGCCCCCCGAAAAGACUUGGCCAGGGCCACCUGGGACAACUGGAGAAGGGGGUCUGGCAGUGGCCCAAUCCAAGCCAUCACUGGCUGACCUCUCCUAUACCUCCAAGGGUGUUUAUGAGAACUUCCGACGCUGGCAGCGCUACAAAGCCUUGGCCCGGAAGCACUUACCCCAAAGUCCUGAUGCAGAAGCUCUUUCUUGCUUUCUUAUUCCAGUGCUUCGUUCCCUGGCCCGGCUGAAGCCCACUAUGACCCUGGAAGAGGGACUGCCAAGGGCCGUGCAGGAGUGGGAUCGCACCAGCAACUUUGACCGGAUGAUCUUUUAUGAGAUGGCAGAAAAGUUCAUGGAGUUUGAGGCUGAGGAGGAGAUGCAGAAUAAUAGCACACCACUGGUGAAUGGGCCCCAGGGUUUGCCUCCUGGAGCCCCUCUGAAAGUUGAUCCUCCAGCGCUCCAGGCUCCUGAGGUUUGCCAGCAACCAGUGUAUAUCCCCAAGAAGGCAGCCUCCAAGUCACGGACCUCCCGCCGGCGGCAGCGCAAAACCCAGAGGCCUCCAGUUCCCGAGGCACCCAAGGAAAUCCCACCAGAAGCUGUGAAAGAGUAUGCUGACAUCAUGGAAGGGCUGGUGGGGAGCCACUUGGCCACUGAGGAGUCGGAUGGAAGACCGAAAGAGGAGGAGCAGCCACAGGAGGAGGAAGAGCUGUAUCCAGAUCCAGAUCUCCUGAGCUACAUCGAGGAGCUGUGUUUGCAGGAGGACUUUAUCUCCAAGGUGGAGGCCAUCAUUCACCCCCAAUUUCUGGCAAAUAUACUGUCCUCAGAUGAACAUUGGGACCCCUUGGCUUUAAUGGAGGAGCUGGAGCAAGAAGAAGGACUCAGUCUUGCCCAGCUGGUUCAGAGGCGACUCCUGGCCCUGGUGGAGGAAGAGGAUGCAGCGGCAGCUCCAAGUUGCACUGGAGCUCAAUUGGACUCAAAUGCUUCUGUUUCUGAUGAGGAUGAAGAUGGGGGUGGACGGCUUUGGCCUUCACCUGGGCAUAGGGUGGCUGGGGGCACUGUUUGCCUUGGGAAAUCUGCUUCUCCAGGAGAGCGAGCAAGGGAAAUGCAUAGUGGGCAGGAACAGGCCCUAGAUGGCCCAAGGGGCAUGUGCAGGGAUGGGAACACCCUGACAUCUCCCAGCAGCUGGGACUUGCCCAUAGAACUUGCAUUUCCACAGGGAACUCAAGGGUUCUUAGGUACAGAGGGAAGAGGACCUGGAAAGGUUGCAAACCAAAUAUCCCCACACCCAGGUGACCACAUGGGAGGUGUUGGGUCCCCUGGGUACUCCCUGGUGGCUGACGGGCCUUCCGAGGCUCUGUCCCUUUGCUGGCAGGAAGAUCUCCCGCUCGAGAUAUUCCCCAGUUUGGAAGCGGUGCUCGCAGAGCCAGAGCUGGCUCCUCUGCAAGAACCCGGGCUACAGACAGGGGGUGUUGGAGUGCUGCAUCCAGGGCAGGAGCUGCUAGCAGAGCCCCAGGAAGGCUGCUCAGGAGUCAUGUGGGGAGGUGACAGAAGUCCUCUUGUGCUUCAGAGCUUUGACCAGAGCUUUUCCCCUAGAGCAGCUGAGGACAAGGAUGAGGAUGGGGUCUCGUUCAGUCCAGGGUUUUGGUUCAGCAGUGAGAUGGAUGAAGUAGGCUUAGAGUUGCCCUUACAAAUCGAGGUCACAGAGAACUUCCUGGAUGAUGGGGAAUAUGUACCUGAGCAUCAGGGAGGCUUCCAGGCACUGGGUCCAAGAGAAACCACAGCACCUGGGGCUCUGGGGAGCAGUCCAAUUCUCUGUGGAGGCACAGAUGCCACAGCUGCCCUAGGAAAGAGGAACUAUAGCCUAGCCUUGAGGCCUCAAGAAAACAGAGAACAGAGUCCUGAGACUAUACAGGAUCUCAGUGAUCUGUGGGCUCAAGAUUGCCUUCAGUUCCUGGAAGGCAGUAUUGAUGUCUCCGCACUGGUUUCCAGAGAAAUCCUCCUGCCUGCUUGUCAAGGCAAUGUCAUGAUCCUGGGGACCCAGGAUGCCUCCGCCUUCCCUGAGGCCAGCCAGGAGGCAGGGAACAGAGGCAGUUCCAUUUCUCUGUUGGAAACCACAUUUGACAGCAAUAUACUAGAUGUUGGAGAUGGCUGCGGCCUUCCGUUAGGGGUCAGUGAGGAUACCGGCCUGCUACAUUUUAGUUAUCACCCCCCAGGAGAGGGCAGGGAGGACACUGAUUUGUUGAAUUCAAAAGACCUUGCUCCCUUCCUAGGGAAUCAGGAGUCUUAUGCCCAUGGGACUCCCAAGGCAACAUCUUCCCGGGGCCUUUCGAGAACUUCCCCUCGAUGGGGAGCCAGGGGUGCCUCAGUUCUGAAAGAAGCCUCUCCUGUUAGAGGAGCAGGCAGUCCAGCAGGUGGGGCCAAAGGAAAGGAGGAGGAGGAGGAGGUGGAGGAAGAGGAGGAGGAUGAGGAGGAAGAUGAGGAACUCUCUGGCUUUGCCUACCUCUUGGCCUCUAAACUAAGCCUGUCGCCAAGGCGUCCUCCUCUUGGUCCUCACCCUGCUCCAGGCCUGCCCUCCACGGGAGGUCAGGGGCUCCAGAGAGCAUCCUGCUCCCUCUCUGCGGAGGCAAGCCGCCCUGGCCAGCCUCCACAUCCUGUUGCUAAGUCUAGGAAGCGAGCUCUAGUUGCAGGUCCAGUACCUACUGGAAAGAGGCCCUACCUGGGAGCAGAACUUGCGGUCUCUGGGGAGAAACCCCUGGCUCUACCCUCGCAGCCUGGUAAAAGAAGGCGUGACGGUCUGAGCUCAGGCAGGAGGAAGAAACGCCGCCGUUGCCAGUAG